GCACAAAACGCACGAUGUGGACCCCAGCAAAUUCAUCAUGAACACCGAGUCCAGCUACUGUUGCAACGUUCUCGGCUCGUGGGAACAAUCCAAGGCCUACUCCAGGGACAUCAUCCAGGACUUUAACCACUUGGUUGCCGGUUAUAUGGGCUGGAAUAUGCUGCUGGACACGAAGGGUGGACCAAGGUGGUGCGGUGGUAAGGCAGACGCACCCAUAACAGUGGCCGACAACCACCAGGAGUACUAUAAGACGGCGGCGUUUUAUACCCUGGGUCAUUUCAGUAAGUUCAUAGUCCCCGACUCAGUCAAGAUUGGCCUUAAAGAGGACGGCCAGCACCGGGACGUGGCCUCCACUGCCUUCCAGAGACCAGACGGCGGUAUAGUUGUGGUGAUCUAUAACGAGAGCGACGACAACGUCGAGCUGACCAUCAAAGAGGGCAACAAUCACUUAACGCAUAAUCUUAAACCUCAUUCCCUCCAGACUUAUAUCUAUUAUAAUAAUUAAUUUAAAUCAAUCUAAUUAUAUGUUUAAUUGUUUUUUA